AUGAAUUCGCUGAAAGCACACUGGGACUAUUUGGUAAACUGCUCCCAGUCUCUGAUACUGGAUCAUGGCUACUGGACAUCAGAGGGUGAGAAAGACCCGAAGGACAUUGUGAUGGUCAGAUUGAGCAGUUUGCUUUUAAAGAGUCUGGAUCAGAUUGGAGCUUGCAGAGCAAUGAGGAUUUGCAUCUUGGCUGACAACUUUCUGACCAGGAUCGAAGCUCUGAUGGCAUGCACUCACUUGGUGAAGUUAGAUUUAAAAGGCAAUCAGAUCGUUCAGCUCCCUGAUGCUUCAUGUUGGAGUCAUCUGAGAGAAUUACAACUUCUAUAUCUACACGAUAACAACAUGUCAACCUGGGACAAUAUUAAAGGCCUCUCGGGCUGUUUAAACCUGACUGCUUUAACUCUCUAUGACACCCCACUCAGUUUAAAGAAGAACUACAGGCACUGUCUGGUCAACAACAUAUGGUCACUGAAGGCCUUGGACAACUUUGUUAUCUCUGACGAGGAAAUCAUCCAAAACUGGUCCCUUCCCUUACAUUUCAAAGCAAUGAAGCAACACUUUUGUGUCAGUUUGUACCCGUCUACAAAGUCGGAUUCAUUUGAGACCGAGAUGAAAGCUGUGUAUAAGAUAAUCACUGAAAUAAACAGGAUUCAGGCCUUUUAUUCUCCUACACUUAUUGUACAGCGCUGGAUCCGAGGCCAUUUAAUUAGAAAAAGUCUUGGACUUUGUAGUAGAAACACCAAAGAAACACCAAUGAAACACACAGCGUCUGGGAAACCAUUAAUUUCCACCCCACCUGUGAGGGCAGAAAAUGAGCAGCAACCAUCUCAGUCUCAGAAAACCAUCGAGGAGGACACAGAUGACAACCAUGAGCUACCAAAGGAAAAGAAUACAGAGAUCAAAAGGCUUCACGUAAACCUUAAUAAGCUGAUGCAAACUCUCUGCCCAGAGGUUUUUGAGGAAGCUACAAAUGCUGAAUCAUUUGAUGGUCAACAAGACAUGAUAGUACCAUACAACAGCCCUAAAUGCAGAAGUCUGAAAUCUGAAGUCCAAAUAAGCACAUUUGACCAAGAUACUAAUGUGAAUGGUGACCUCUGUAAUGAAGAAAUUGAGGAAGGAACCUUUCAUGUUUUGGGACUGAAGGCUUUGGUCCACCAGAGUGAGCCACUGAGUGACAUGUUGUGGUCCCGUAAAGCUGUGGGGCAGGACAUCCGCGAGGCUUUCAGCCAUUUUCACACUCAAAGACCUGGUCUACAGCCUCACUCACCUGCCAUUACUUCAGGGAAGCGGCUGGUUGGUCGUUGCCACGACAAAAUCAGCCUCACUCCCUUUAAAGUAAUUGAAAGAGCCCAUCAAUCAUUCGACGAGGCCAGAAUACAGAAACAUCUUGCAGAGAAGGUUACAGAGCACCACGUUGACCAUGAAGUGGCCAAAGGCCGCAGAUACGACUUCAUGGAGGCUCGGAAGACAGACGUGCGUCUGCGUCAGGAGCGUGAAAAGGCUGAUAUGGAGAAAACUCUCAUUAUACAGAGAGCCAAGCUGGAACGGGACGUCCAUCAUGCGCGCCAGAAACAUUCCCAGUUUCUGGAAGAGAAGAGGAGGAGGAUUCAGGAGCAAAAGAUGGUUUGCCGGUUCAGCCAACAGCACAUCUCUCUAGCGAGGGCCGUACUCCGAUAUAGCACAUGGAAAUGUGCUAACCAGCAAUAGAUGCAUGAAUCCUAUUAAUAAAACUCAGUUUAACAUGGAACAUGACAUUUGAAUGUGUUAGUUUGAA